AAAAACUUGAAGAAACAUUAAAAAACAAAAGAAAAUCUUAAAAACAAAUUGUAUCAGAGAGAGAGAUAUGGCGACGCAAGAAGACAACCAAAUAACCCCUAAAACGUCGUCGAAUGUGCGAGGAGGAGUAGGGGUAGUGCGGUCUGUUGAUACAUACGCUGCACAAUGUGAAAAAUGUUUGAAAUGGAGAGUGAUUACAACUCAAGAAGAGUACGAGGAAAUCAGAAGCAAAAUCAUUGAAAAUCCCUUUGUCUGCGACAGAAAGUCUGGUGUAUCUUGUGAGGAUCUUGCUGAUCUCGAGUUGAAUGCAAGUCGAACGUGGGUCAUUGACAAGCCUGGAAUCCCUAAGACCCCAGAAGGCUUUAAGAGGAGCUUGGUGCUCAGACGUGAUUUUUCCAAAAUGGAUGCUUACUACAUCACUCCUACAGGGAAGAAACUAAGAACGAGAAAUGAAAUCGCAGGAUUUUUAGACGCAAAUCCAAAAUACAAAGGUGUAUCUAUUGAUGACUUCAAUUUCACUUCUCCAAAGGUAAUGGAUGAAACUAUCCCAGAAGAUGUGAAGAAGGCUAAUGCUGCUGCUGCUGCUAGCAGCAAUAAAAAAGUUAAGGUGUUGAAGGACUGAGCUUGAGUCGGAACUUGUAUGUUUUUGAGCCCUUUCUAAGGGCGACUUUGUAGUUCUGUGUUGUAGUCUAUGAGAUUGGUCAGAUGAGGAUUUUAUGAUCAUUUUUACUCCAUCUGAGGAUUUUGUUUGGUUAGAGAUUUUGCUGAUCUAUUUAUUUGCAGACUGUAGAACAAUGGAAUAGCUGCAAGGAUAAGAUUUAUUUAACAAUUAGGUUGCUGCCCUUGUGACUUGUGGAAUGUUUCUAAAUAUUGUAUCAUUUACUGUUCUUAGAA